AUGCCUGGAAUUAAUCAUUUUUAUACGGGGAUGAAUAUUAGUCCUCCUAGUAGUUCUAAUGUUGUCAUAUGUUAUAUCAACCACCAGCAGUUGUUCAUCAACUUUGCAGUACAACAACAACAAACAUCUAACCGCCGUCAUCAUCAUGGCAAAAAAAACAUCCUUGCGUUCACCAUUUCGACAAUCCUGACGUUGGUCCAGAUGCGAUAUGCACAAGAAGAUCUGUUUGAAACGCACCACUUCGUUAUGGUGGUUGUUCUGUCUAGCGUCCUCGCAUACUGCCUGCCCUUCAGCUUACUCGGGCGACUACUGCUAGUUAUGAGGCCUAGUGUUAAUGCUGGUACGGCUAGCGAUGAACAUGAUUGUCAUGCAUACAUGUAUAAAUGGUGUCACAUCAUCAUGCUGCUGUUUGGCUCACUCUCAGUUGCUUCACUCUUGUGGCUUCUACUUUUUCCACACUUCCCUUCCUGGCGGCCUGUGCUCUACCUAGUUUUGAUCUUCUUGUUUUCGUUGGUGGUGCUGGUGUUAGCCUCGAAACUGGUGCCGGCCGUUGGCAAAUUCUUUUCUCCGGUAUGCCGAGGACAAAACCGUUGUAGGAGGACAAGUCCAUUUUUGCCCCUAAGCACAGUGGAUUUGUCCCAAAGAUAA